UACCACAACAACAAGGACGCAGCCUACGUUCUACCGAACGAUGAACAAGAACAUGUUCGUCUUGAAGAACAAGCUAGACAUCUCUCCGCAAUCAUGGGCAAUCAAAUUAUACACGCGCCAAUAAAGACUGAUAUCAAGGACGCGCGUAUGCUCGACGUUGGCUGCGGUACUGGUAUCGUGACAGACAACUUGGGCAGCCGUUUCCCGCAUGCGGAAGUCUAUGGUCUCGACCUAUCCGCAGUGCCUCAACUACGGACUCGUCUUCCAAACGUAACCUUCCUGCAAGGCAAUAUCGUAACGGACAAACCUAACUCAGCGCUUUUCGAUCUCAUUUUCUCCCGACUCCUAGUCUGCGGCCUCACAGAUUGGCCAGGCUACAUCAACAAAUCCUUUCAACUCCUAAAACCUGGCGGCUACCUCGAAAUUCACGACAUAGACUUCAUCUGGUACGACGGUUCGGGAAAAGUCAUUUCAGAUUCUUGGAAAUGGCUAACAGCUUGUCGAACCAUCGGCGAAGCGCAAGGCAUGGAUCUUGCUCUCUGUGCUUCGCGAGCCAAACCUCGCAUGGAGGAAGCUGGGUUUACAGAUGUUGUUGUGAAGGAGUAUCGAUGGCCACUUGGUGGUGCCUGGGAGAAGGAUCAGAAGUGGAAGGAUUUUGGCGAGUAUGUGGCUGAUUACAUGCCUCCGAUGAUUUGGCAUAUGAUUCCGAGAUUGUUGAAG